UAAAAACUUGCGUCCACAUUAUAAUGUUCUCCUUUUAGCUUUUACAUAUUCUUUGCCUCCCCAGCACAACCAUCUCUGUCAUAUAUACAAAGAUAACCUCGUUGUGAACUGCAUUACCGGGAAUGGAAGCGGAACUCGGUAGCUCCUUGGAGUAUACGUCAACAUGGAUAGUUGCCCUUGUCUGCUUCAUCAUUGUUCUUCUAUCUUUAUGUGCCGAGCGAGGUCUUCAUCACCUUGGAAAGUUCUUGACGCAUAAGGGACAAGAUCAACUACAUGGAGCCUUGCAAAAAUUAAAGGAAGAACUGAUGCUUCUAGGGUUCAUUUCCCUUUUGUUAACGGUCUUUCAAGGUUUGAUAAGUCGUAUAUGCAUACCAACUCAUUUUGCAUCUUUCAUGCUUCCAUGCAAGAGGGACACGGGUUCCUCAAAUGGUUCCGAACAUUACUCUCACCGAGCUGUAAGAAAUCAACGACAGCUUCUGUCUGAAGAUACAAAUUCAGGGCACUGUCAAAAUGAGGGAAAAAUUCCUUUGUUAUCAUUGGAAGCAUUACAUCAACUGCACAUUUUCAUUUUUGUAUUGGCAGUGGUUCAUGUGAUCUUCUGUGUCACGACAAUGUUACUUGGGGGAGCCAGGAUACGCCAGUGGAAGCUCUGGGAGGACGCAAUUAGGCAAGAAACUUCACAGUCAACGAAAGAUCCAACAAUGGGCAGCAGAAGUCAUGCUCGCGAGUUUCUCAAAGAUCAUGCAAAUGGGUAUUGGAAAAGGGCAGCUAUUGUUAGUUGGAUGAUAUCAUUCUUCAAACAGUUUUAUGGCUCUGUUACCAAGUCAGACUACAUUGUACUACGACAAGGAUUCAUCAAGGAGUACCUCCCUAACAAUCCUAAAUUUGAUUUUCACGAGUACAUGAUGCGGACACUUGAAGCUGAUUUCAAAAAAGUUGUAGGCAUAAGCUGGUACCUGUGGCUAUUUGUUGUGGUCUUUUUGCUACUGAAUGUGGCAGGAUGGCACACAUAUUUUUGGUUGUCCUUUUUGCCAUUGAUUCUGCUAAUCUUUGUGGGUGCUAAGCUAGAACACGUUAUUACACGUUUGGCCAUGGGGGCGAGGAAGGAGAAGGAGAAAGAACAUGAAGCAGUAAGAGUGAAGCCUUCAGACGAUCACUUUUGGUUUGGUCGCCCUGCCAUUGUUCUCGACUUAAUUCACUUCAUUUUGUUUCAAAACUCAUUUGAGAUUGCAUUCUUCUUUUGGAUCUUGAGCACAUACGGAUUCAACUCUUGCAUCAUGGAAAAAGUAGGUUACAUUGUAACAAGACUUAUCAUCGGGGUGAUUGUUCAAGUGCUAUGUAGCUACAGCACCUUGCCUUUGUAUGCUAUUGUGACCCAGAUGGGUAGCAAGAUCAAAAAAGAAAUCUUUGACGGUGACGUGGGAUCAUAUAUAGAAAAUUGGAUGAAUCCCAAGGAAAAACAAAGACAGAUACACAUGCAAAAAAUGAGAGAAAUGACUCAAAUUGCUCAGAGUUCAGAUCUAGCGACGAUUGCGAUUGAAGAAACUACAGCAUCAGUAACUGAGCUCCCUUCAGAAGCCCAAGAGCCUUUUCCAUUAUCUUAAGUCUUGCUCCAGAAACAUCACAUGCCAUGUGGCAAUUUGAUUUCAGAUGGUAAAAGUUCACUUCAAUGAUGGAUCAUAAGUAAGAUUUUUUCCUUUCAUUUUCAUUGAAAAAAAGAAGAAGAAAUAUUCUUCCUAUAAUAAUAAAGGUCUUUAUCUUUCAUUUUCUGAUGUGUGUUGUAGACCUUAUCAAGUAUGUUAUGGAUCUUAUAAUAUUGGCCUGUAAAUUGUAUGAUUGUAAUGGAAAUUAUAGAGACACUGGUGUAAUUGUAAGGAAGGAAUGGAGAAUAUUCAUUAACUGUU